AUGUUGUUGUUUCUGCUGCUCCUCCUACAGCUACUGGCCCUCACCCAGUGCCAGCGAGAGAGCCGCAAAAGUUUCUCCGAUUGCGCGAGAAACCUUCACAUGGAGGAGGCAAACUUCACGGAAAUUAUUGAGUGCCUGGCGCGCUCCACCAAUCUGACGGCCCACUGGGAGGACACACUUUGGCGCUUGGAUCAGCUUGAACGCUUGCUGGACAAGCUGCACGCGCAGCGGCCCAUAGAGAAAUAUAAUCAUACGCCGUAUAAGAACAUUGACGAUGUGAUGAACAUCAAGGAGAAGGUGUCGGAGCAGGAUUGCCAGCGGCAGCGUCAUGUGGUGCAGGCUGUGCGUCGCAAACUCUUCUGGCAUAGCCUGUUGGGCGGCACGGAGAGCACACUCUUUGCCUGGCCCUGGUCCGCCGAACAUGCCGAGCCAGAGGAGGAGAUCCCGGAUCCGCCAGACGACGAUCAUAGUCCAGAGACGCUGCAAGACCUGCGGUGUGCGCUCCUGGAUGCCGUACAAAAGCAAAAACCACGACGCGUAUAGUUGUGGAGUGGCCCC